UAUCUCUUAUAUACUAUGUGGCUGUAUAAAUAAAUUGAGAACUAUCAUAUGGGAGGAUGCAAUUAACACAACCUACACCUUUUUUUGCUCAUUAAUUGCAGUGAUGACACUAACUAAUUUCUUUCGUUUAUUCUUCAUUCUUCUUGCCCUUUCUCAUCUUUUAUGCUUGAAAGCAGUCCCAGUUACAAGAACUGAAAACCUUAUGCAAGAUUUCCAAGUUCACCUAAUAACUCUGAAAAAUACCCCUAAGGUUAUUAGUGAGAGAAACUUGCAAUGGGAAGAGGCAACCAUUACAGAGAGGAUGAAUUUAGAGCUCCAUGAUUAUCCACCAUCUGGAGCAAAUGGUCGUCACACUCCAAGAGCACCAUAAAUAAUGUGUCAAAUUUUGGUGUGUUGAUUAAAUGUUAGUUCCUCUGGCUAGGUACCUGUAUUAUAUAUGCGUCCUCUAUGUAACUUGACAUGUGAGGUAUAAAGGCAUUUAUAUAUGUAUGACCAAAUUAAGAAAGGACUAAUUAGAGUUGAAUCCUAUGUGAUUGUAGGAACUCAUGUACUUUAAUUAACUUGUGCUUAUUAUGUAUUCAUGUACUGGAAUUUCAAUUAUAAUUUAUUGAUCUAAAUAUAAUUAAUACUUACUGCUCAA